CGUCAGUGGACGCUGCGUGGCGGGAGCGCGCACGUCGCUGUCACUCAGAGUUGGUUGUAGGAAAUGCGGACACGGCGAGAUGUCAGCAGGGCCGUGUUUAUCUUUUCCAGCGAUGCUGCCCGGUUCACACUUCAAGGAGGUUUCCUGCCUUUUUUAACGCUCCCCGCACAAGUGUACUCAAUGCCAACAGUGCUACGGAAUUGUUUUCGCGCGGAUGAGUGGGCACGCAGUGCGGAGCGGCAGUGUUUAGCUAACACCGUUAGCCCAGCGACACGCUCGGACCCCCAGCAACAGCACUUUCGGGUUUAUCAUUAGGAUUCUCAAUCAGCCCAGCAGCUUACCAGCGGCCUGCCUCGCUCCCGCCUCUACAUCCGUUCACCGGCGGCGGCGGCGGCGACGGCGGGGGGGGGUCAGGUUAACCGGAGCAGACACGAGCCCCCCCGGGACAGACGGACAGACAGCCGCGGCUGUAUCAGUGAAGAGCAGGUAUGGCUGAAGUCAGCGCCCUCACUCCCUCUCCUCCCAGUAUGGCUGACCAGUCAAUGCCUGCUUCCUCCAGCCCACAGCCUCUCCCCUCAGAAACUCCCAUCCCGAAAUCAUCUCUCUACGGGGACCGAGCUGUGAUGGGAAACCCAACAUUACAGGCGAGCUCCAAAAACUCCUCCACUUGGGAGAGCACACCUGGCCAAAACAAUGCCGCUCUGUCUUCAGCAGCAGAGAGCGUAGCUGGUGCGCCGGGAGAGCUACCAGCUGCUACAGAUGGAGAGACUAACGGGAAAAAUGAUUUAGUCGGCCAAACGGAGAGGCACACCGACGCACAGGAGCAACAGAUGUUGCCGUCGCCUGAACUUAAUCCCAGUCCUAAUCUCUAUCCCAACGUUCAAGUUAACCAGACUUCCAGUCCUGCUCCCUCUGUGGACAAACCCUGUCAGUUUACACCUCCUGUUCCCGUCUCCAACCUGGCCCCCUCUUCACAAGACUCCAGUCAAACAGAAGCACAAACAGUCCCCUUCGAGUCCGCUCAGAACCCCGAUCCCAACACUCCCGGAAGCGCAAAGAUUACCCCUGACCCCCCCUGCACGCCCUCCAAGACUGAGCCCCCAGCCGUACUGGUGCAGGAGCCCAUAGGGUGCUUGGGUCUGCCCUCCUCUUACUCUCGGCCAGCCCCGGACACGCUCAGCUACCUGGAGUCGGCCAGCUUAAUGUCUGGCACGCUGGAAUCUCUGUCGGGCCUCGGCGAGGACGGGAGUUCAGUGGGGUCAGACUCUGAGAUCAACGGUCCAGUGAGGCGUACUGAUAAAUACGGCUUCCUGGGAGGAGCGCAGUACAGUGAAGCCAGUGAGGUGGAUAUCGCUGUGGCUGUGGCGAGGCAGAGAGAGAUGAAAUGGUUGGACAUGUUCAGAAACUGGGACAAAUGGGUUUCCCGACGCUUUCAAAAGGUGAAAAUGCGCUGCAGGAAAGGAAUCCCCUCUUCACUCAGAGCUAAAGCCUGGCAGCUGCUCUCCAACAGCCAGGAGCUCCUUCAGUCCAAUCCUGGGAAAUUUGAUGAGUUGGAGCAAGACCAGGGAGAUCCAAAGUGGUUGGACAUCAUAGAGAAGGACUUGCACAGGCAGUUCCCAUUCCACGAGAUGUUUGCUGCACGGGGAGGACAUGGGCAGAAGGACCUGUACCGUAUACUGAAGGCCUACACAAUUUAUCGGCCAGAUGAGGGCUACUGCCAGGCUCAGGCACCAGUGGCAGCAGUGCUGCUCAUGCACAUGCCUGCUGAGCAAGCCUUCUGGUGUCUUGUGCAAAUCUGUGAGAAAUACUUGCCUGGCUAUUACAGUGCUGGGUUGGAAGCUAUUCAGCUGGACGGAGAGAUUUUUUUCUCUCUUCUGAGGAGAGUUUGUCCCAUGGCUUACCGUCAUCUCAAGAAAUUUAAGAUCGACCCCAUCUUGUACAUGACAGAGUGGUUUAUGUGUAUUUUCUCCCGUACGCUGCCUUGGUCUUGUGUCCUGCGUGUUUGGGACAUGUUCUUCUGUGAAGGAGUGAAGAUCGUGUUCAGGGUGGGUCUGGUGCUCCUCAAGCAGAUGUUGGGGUCUGUGGAUAAGCUCCGUGAGCUGCAGGGCAUGUACGAGACCAUGGAGCGCCUGAGAAACAUCCCUCCUGAAAGUAUCAGGGAGGAAGUUCUGGUGCAAGAGGUGGUCUCCCUGUCUGUGACUGAGGCCCUCAUCGAGAGAGAGUGCAGUAUCCAAGUGCGCAAGUGGCGGGAAUCUCGUGGAGAGUUGACUCACCAACCGGGUCGGCGUUUGCACGGCACACGGGCCAUCUUUGAGCAGAAACACCGCGCUGCUGCGAUCAGCUCUGGCGGCAGCCUGUCAUUCCUGGGCAGUCACGUCCCUCCUCCGGGACCCUUGCGUGCGUCAUCUAGCCUCCUGUCACUUCCUGGCCUUAGAAAGUCCAAGACGCCGUUUCACUCACAGAAUAGGAAGGGCUCCACUUCUGGCAACUUUGGCCAGGAUAUCGUCCCACUGCAGCCCCUUGGGGGCAGCAUCAGUGCAAUGGCCUCAAAACCUCCUGUGCCAUCUGCCACUAACGCUGGAGCCAGUGGGCGGCCCCCAGCACCACACGGGCCCAGUCCGUUAGCUACAACAUCAUCUACUACCACACCACCGGCUCCAACUGCACACUCGUCCAGCGCACAGAUGCUCCAGCCAUCGCCUAAAGUGGUCUCCGAGCACAUCACCCCCACAAUCCCGUCGCCCACCGCAAACAAUGCCCCAUUACCACCCUGCCCGGAAACUGCAAAGACGGCAGUGGAGGAAGAUGGAAAAAGGAAAAAGAAAACCAAGGAGGACAAAAAGCGAGAAAAAGAGGAGGAGAAGCAAAAAUCACGCGAGAAGAAAGAGAAGGAGAAAACCGAGAAAGAUCGGCUGAAGAAGGAGAAGGAAAAAGCAGAGAAAGACAAGAAAAAGGAGAAGGGGGGAAAGAAAAAAGAGAAAGGGGGAGGAGGAGAGACUGAGGAGAAGAACGGAGCGGCGGCAGCAAAAGAUUUAGCUUAAUUCCUGCCACGUCAUUACUUCAGCAUGAGAAUAGUAAUAAAAAGAGGACUAGAAAUCAAAACGGCUGCAAACUGGUGAAAAGAGAGAGCGAGAGAGAGAGAGAGCAAGUAAUGUCCAUGUCAUCUCAAGUACUCAUUUCACAAGGAUAACUGCAUCACUGCACCUGCCCCACAGCUCUCAUCAUCUUAUCUGCACUGCUUUCACCCAACGCCGAAACAGGAAGCAGUUAUUACUCUGCCUUUUGUUUUUUGUUUUCAUUUUUUUUGAAGGAGGAUAUCUGAUUGAUGAGAUCAGCUGUGUAAUUAUUAGUCAAUUCUAGUAUCCUGGGUGCCAUGGUGUACAUAGACCUCUAGCGCCAUCUGUGCCAGUCCAGCGCCCAAAAUCCCCCUCUGUCCAUCACCCGAGAGCUGUCUCAACCAGAACACCUGAAUAAAACUCUUCUGUGAUGAGAAAAGUAUGGCGGUGACUAGUAAUAACUUAUCUGUGAGUGCUCUGGAGGACCUAUUUAUUCAUUGUACUGUUGAUUGUUAGUGUGUGUUAGUGUGUUCUCGUAUGUCUGUGCCUUGGCAGUGUAGUGAAUCGUGUCAUGGUCUCGUGCUGCGGACCGCUCUCAUCUUUCUUCUCUCUUUUCAGUCUCUCAGAGGAGCUUGUCUUUACAGGCGCGCUCUCGUAAGAGGCAUUGAUAAGUGUUGGGGGGGGGAGUGGAGGAGCAAAACUUAACUGGUGGUAAGGUACGUUCUCCUUUAAAGCGGUGGAAAGAACUACAUUACAUGGUCUAUUUAAAGUGAAAAAAAAUCCAAGUUAACAUAAUAACUAAAAGGAAAUUAAAACAGUUUAUGAUUAGCGUACCUGUCUAUCUACGCUCAAAGGCUCUCGGUUCAUCUUUACGUCAGUCUCACCAAAAAAUUACUAUUAGAUUUCUUUCUUUUUCAAACAAAUUGCAUCACAUUAAACGUUAAAUUCUGCCAAGCGUGUCAGUCACUCCAGAUAUCUGUGUGGUUUGAUGUUAAUUAUCUCGAUGUUGAUAUGGAUGUAGAGUUCAGACUAGAAUUUGAAUGAAUUUAUGCACUGAGGCCUGUUGAUUUUCACCCCUAACCUUGAUCGGUUUGUUGAUGUAGGGCACUCUAAUCUAAUCCAGUUCACAUGACUGAUGAAGUCUGCGCCUUGUUGGAUGAGAAGGGUUUGGUGCAGCACUGUAGCAUUAACCUUUGACUUAUUGAAGCUCUUGGCUUCAGGCUGUAAUGUUCUGAUGUAUAAACUAUUAAUUUAAUCGGAUGAAACCAUAUACUAUCUAUUACAGCUAUUAUUAGUCUACUUUUGGAUUAGAUUUUUUAUUUUUAUAUGCAAGUUAUGCAGAAACCUGGCAGACUGGAAUGGCAGUGAGCUUGGUUUUAGGAGAAUGAUGUGUUUAAUCGCAGGAUUUAUUUUUAUUUUAUUUUUUUAAGCGCUGAAAAUUAUUUUUGCACAUUUAUUUUCUCCCAACACCCUGGAGAACAAAAACAAGCAGUUGUUAUUUAUUUUAGACAUUUUUAUAAUCACUAGCUUGGCUAAUAUUACUGCAGUAUUUGUGUUAUGGGAGAUAGUGAUUGCGUACAGAUUAUUAUCACUUCAUUCUGAUCUUUUGUUAUUAUUUUUAUGUCCCAACGAUGAGGGAAGUGAUCCCAAAGUGCUGCGAGAAAAUAGGAAUGGAUACAAAAAAAUGAGUGCUAGGCAUUUGUGUUAAUUAAACAUGUAAAAUAUAAUUUUUUUUCGUAACCUUCACCCAAAUAGUUUUGCCCUUGAUAUGAAGUAAACACUGGCGAAAUGAACUCCACCAUAAUCCACUGACCCCUCAGUAUUACGAAUUAUUCUGAUACAUUCACCAGGUGACUGGACCAUACUUACUAGACUCCUACUCAAUAUAUAGUAUUUUAUGUCAAGACAGAAGAGACCUGAAGUGGUUUCUAGGUUGCGAUAUGGUAGCCAAAUGUUCUGUCAAUGUUUUAAUGUUGUCUCCUGCGUUUACUGGACGUGUUCAGUCUCAACUGCAGGGGGUCAAAAAUCCACCUCACCUGUCAGUGGUGCCCUUACUGACCUCAGUGGUCGUUGCUUCCUCUAAAGGCACUACUGUUCAAAUGGAAAGCAAGCAAGUUAUGUCUAUGCAAAUCUUAUGUUCUUAACUCUCUGCACAAUGUUACGUUGUGGCCACCAGGGGGCUCAGACUACCUUCACUGUUGACAGCAGCACUGGAUCUGUUGAAGGAAAGGUGGAGUGGGAUGUCUUAUUAUCCCGAAGAACUGCUAUAAGUUCCAAGCACUAGACUAAACCUGGUUUUGCGCCCGUCAGGCCACCUUCACUAACACCAUCUUGUCUGUAUUGCCAAUCGAGUGCAUGACAGGUGGACUUAAAAUGGUUUGGACGUUGUGCUCACUAAUAAUUAAUGCAAGGCCAUCCAGUGUUGGUUUACUAACACUCCUGAGACAGCUGGGACUGGGUUUAAAGAAGUUUGACUUGUCUUAUGGAUUUCUGCAUUGGUAAAUAUGAGCCGGUGUAUGUUGUAGGAUUGUUGUAAAAUUGAUUUUAAGUCAUUUUAAUUUUCAUUUUAACGUGUUUAGGUUAGUUCUCUCAUCCUGUCCUUUGUAUGUCUCAUGCUUGUUUUUAUGUUUACAUGAAACCAUUUACAGUUGAGGAUGAAAUAAAUUCAUAUAGAUGAAGACAGUUGUUCUAAAACUGCAAAAGAGGAAGUUCACAGUGUAUUUAAUAAUUACAGUUGUGAUGAAUAAUAAAUCAUAAUAUAUUAAAAUCUCAACAGCGUUUCUUAUUUUUCCAUGUAAAUAACAUACAUGACAUAAUUGUUUUGUGUGUCAUUGUACUAUCGUGAUUAAGUGAAUUAACAUUAGUCACCGUACGACAACAUCGUCUUUUGCACUGUCCGGGUAAAGUGAUUCAUGCGUCAGGUGCUUGGAUGCACAAUUUAGUAAUUAAAAUUCUUUUUGAAAGCAUCUUACAUAGUGCGAGGCUCAUUUUUGACUCGCGCUCAGAUACAAAAAAAAUGGCGCGAAUUCUUGAGGUGAGUCAUAUUACCUCUUGAUGAAUUCUAGUUAACUUCUCGAAACGUGAUAUUCUAUCUAAAUUUAAAAGUCGUAUCCCUACCCUCUUUUAAAAAAAAAAUACAUGUACAGGUUUAUAGAAGAAUGUCGAUGAAGGGUUUGUUUCAGCCAAAUAAAUUAAACAAGGACAGGUGGGCUUGUAUGUCCGUGGGGUUUUAUUUUGCUGUAUUGUCUGACUGAUUGUGCAUCACGAUUUUAUUUGUUUAUUCUUUUGUUAGAUUUUAAGAUUUAUUCUAUUAAUAAUUGGCAAACGAGCAAUUAAUGUUGAAAAUGUUUUCAUUUUGAUAUGCUAUGCUUUUAUUGUUGUUGUUGUAGUACUACCAUUGUCCAGUAGAUUGCUCUCAGUAUGUUCUCAUAUCCUCCUCGUCACCCUUGUGAUUUACUGCAUCAUAGACCUGCAGUCUUAUGUAAUCUGACUUAUAUUACCGUCUCUGUCCUCUAUGAUCUGUAAUUACAGAAGAGACUGUUUCAUCCCGCCUAUCACACACAGCCAGCAGACACAGCAUUACAAAAAGAUGUUUUAUUCACAGUUUGUGUCUUUUUAUUGGUUACAGAAGAGUUUCUGACAGAGCAAAGCAAGCCCAGAUGCAGAAAGCAGGGGUAGAUAAAAAAAAAAAACAUGGACAGAGAAAUAGUGAAGAGGAGGGGAGAGAGGGAGUGAAGAGGAUAUGUUUUCUUUCAGUCCCCGCUUUCCUCUCUUCCUUGGUUGGUCUGUCUCUCUCACUCCCUCUGUGAUGAGCUUGGCUUCACUUUUAGGAGGCCAAGCUCUCUCUGUACAAAACCCUCAUUUUCUCUUUCUUUUUAGUCAACUAUCAGGGGAAAGAGCAAGAAUGAUGACUGGUUCCUCUAUUAUAGAGUGAGAUCACUCCAUCUUGCCUCUUUUUCCCUCAGAUUGAGCACACCUCCACAUUUAUCUAGAGAGAGGUUUCAGCCAAAAUCUGUAGAUACCCUCAAGACAGCAGCAGAAGAUGCAGCACUUUUCAUGCAUGAGAGGUGGUCGUGGGUGAUGAGUGAGAAACAGAGAGAAAGAGAGAAUGUGAAAGAUACAGAAAGGAUGUUCACUUUAUUGAAAACAAUCCCAUAUCCCCACUUGACAGACACCGUGGUCAUGAACCUCUCCUCCCUCCCAAUUCAGCCUCGGCGAGACCAGUCUUUGGAGAGACAAAGAGAGUAAGUGCUUGAGAGUAACAAAGAUGAUAGAAAGGAGGAAAGGGAGGAAGAAACACAAAGUAAGAGAAGGAGGACAGAGAACAGACUGGGAGAGUUAAGCAGUGAGGGAUGCACGUUCAUCUCUUCAUUUUCUGUCUUGUCUCCACGACCGUUUACUC